GCUUUCAAACCGUUAUUUCACAGAGCUUUGAACACUUCUUUGACAAGACAGGUAAUAAUUGCAUGGAAAGUAUCAGUUAGUCCCUUUAAUCCUGUCUGUACAAUAAAACUCUGCGACUCUCAAGUGAACCAAAUCUGAAGUUUCUGCUGCAUCCUGGAUUGUACUCUUGAUUAAGAAUAUAAAAUCAUCACAUCAUGGAGAUGGCAUUUCUUGUCUCGUUUGGAGGCUCAGUCUCUUAAAUGAACAAAGAGACAAAUAGAUUUGACUAGAGCUCCACACAUUAGCACCAUGGCCUCCUUCAUCCCUCCGAAGGUCAACAAUUUUGUCGCCUGGGAUUAUGUGGUCUUUGCAGCACUCUUUCUCAUUUCUUCUGGCAUAGGAGUCUUUUUUGCAAUCACAGAGAGGAAAAAAACCACUUCCAAUGACUUCUUAGUCGGCGGCAGGCAGAUGACUUGUGGACCAGUAGCUCUGUCACUCACUGCUAGUUUCAUGUCAGCAGUGACUGUGCUGGGAACGCCAGCUGAGGUGUAUCGGCAUGGGGCUUCCUUCAUUCUGUUCUUCCUCGCAUAUAUGUUUGUCAUCAUUUGUACUUCAGAACUUUUCCUACCUGUGUUCUACAGAUCUGGCAUCACAAGCACUUAUGAGGUAAGCACUUUUCACAAAAGUUGUUUCUGUCAAGACACGGAUCUUGACAUUAUAUUUGGAAAUCUGAAGGCAUUUUGACAACAUCAAUGCUGAUUCUUUAAACAUUCUAAUCUUAAAUUGCAUUGCCUGCCAAGCUCAGCAUGGAGGGUGUCAACCUGUCUACAUCAGCUGCCUCCAAUCUGCUACCCUCCAGAUGUAGCUGGAUUGCAACACUCAUCAUCUCGGACCAUUGGCCAUUCUGUCUGGGGUUGGUGGGAGUUACCAGGAGGGUAUCAGAUUGGCAGUGGCUGGUUUAGAUUAAUGUGGUAUGUCAAAAUCAGUACAGUGGUACCUCGGGUUAAGAACUUAAUUCGUUCUGGAGGUCUGUUCUUGACCUGAAACUGUUCUUAACCUGAAGCACCACUUUAGCUAAUGGGGCCUCCUGCUACUGCCGCGCUGCUGGAGCACAAUUUAUGUUCUCAUCCUGAAGCAAAGUUAUUAACCGGAGGUACUGUUUCUGGGUUAGAGGAGUCUGUAACUUGAAGCGUCUGUAACCUGAAGCAUCUGUAACCCGAGGUACCACUGUAAUGACAAUAAAUAGGUAGCUUUAGGUAACUUUAAAUAGGCUUCUAGUUCUGAUGGAAAACCCUUUUUUUAUUGAUAAAGGUUAUUAAGGGUUUGUUGUGGCAAUUUUAUUAUGGGCUGUGAGAAUCUAUAAAACAGCAGAAUGAAAGAAUAAGGGAUAUCCUUCAGUGAAUGAAUAUCUUAAGAUAUGGCACAUUAAAGAAACGGUUUUAUAAACCUGGAAAGAAUGAGAUAUGGUUAUUAGCAAGAUUUUUUAAAAAAUAAAAAAUGUACACAAAUAGGCCUUGCCUGGAUACCAGAUCAAUAAUGAUUCUCUUUCAGAACAGCUAUUUUUGAUACUUCCUGUGCUAUGAACAUUAUAUAGGUUCAGUUGUUUGGAAUAAAGAGAUAGAUAGAUCUACAAAGUGUACCAUUUCUGUAGCUGAGUGUUGUGACAGCUUGCAUCCGUACUUAAAUAUGGAUAUGUAGUAUCAAAUCCUUGAUACAGGGUGUAGCAAGGCUGGCUGAGGUAGACUGAGGCAGCCACCUCAGGCAGUGUCACUACAGUGCUCUGCCUGCCCCUGUUGCUGCUGCUGGAAAAGUGAGGAGACAUGGCACUUCUCCUCACUUCUCGGGCACCACAGCAGGCAGCACCCACCUGCCUGCCACAAGAGAAGCAAGAAGAAGUGACUGCAGCGGUGGCUCCCAGGUUCCAGCAAGAACUCAUGCACAACUCUGACAAGCAAGACUUUGGGGGGAAGGUGAUUGCUACCUGUUUUGCCUCAGGCAGUGCAACACGAUGGGUAAAGACAGUUUAAAUAUGUAGGUACAGAAUUGCUGUGAAGCCAAACUAGAUGUGAUGUGGGAUAUCCAUAAGAACGUAAGUAAAGUCCUAUUGGAUGAGGAUGAAGACCAAUCUAGUCUAGCAUCCUGUUCUCACAAUGCCAACCAGAAGCCAAUGGGAAGCUCACCAGCAGAACCUGAGAAGAGCAGCCCUCUCUCCUCCUGUGGUUUCCAGCAAUGGAUAUUAAGAAACACACCGUCUCUGAUGCUGGUGCAAUAUUACCAUUGUCACAAGUAGAUGCUGAUGGCCCUUAUCCUCCAUGAAUUCACUUAAUCUACUUCUAAAGCUGUCUAAAGUGGUGGCCAGUAUGACAUAUUGUGCGAGCAAAUUCCAAAACUUAACUAUGCUCUGCCAAGAUGUGCUUUCUUUGUCUGUCCCACAUCACGUUUUAAUAUAAAGAGAGGGAGAAAAGCCUCUCUUUUCCCAUGUUCUUAUGUGCUCAUCAGAUAAAAGGCACAUACAACAUUGAUACCUGUCUUUUUUUAAUUCUGCAAAGCUAAUAGCAAUGCAUUCUCCCUCUCUUGUGGAAUUUAGAUUGGAGAAAGAAAAUAAAUAAUAGGCUAGACAUCGUCUCCCUGAUCUUUAAAGCUGGUAUGCAGGGCUGUUAAUCAUGCAUAUCCUAUAUCACAUCUACUUUGGUUGCGUUGAUUUGGACAUUAAAUCACUUAAGACACCAUUAGAGAUUUUUUUUUAUUAAAAAAAGCAGUCCACAUCCAUUCAGAUUAAUGAACACACUUUGACAUAAUUGAAAUAUGCAUUACACUGUUUUAUAUGUGUGUACUGUUUCAUAUAUGAUUUUGUUUAUUCAGUAAUAUCAAAUAUGAUUUAAUACAUAAGUUGCAUUUACUCUAUUCAUCAUUUCUCAUAGUACUUGGAGUUGAGGUUUAACAAGCCCGUUCGCAUGGCUGCAACCAUGAUUUAUAUAGUGCAAACGGUAAGACAUUUUACAUUUCAAUGAGUGGUAUAUGUCAUGGUUUCUAAAUAGUGUGGAGUGAUCUGGUAUGUGUGGCUCUUUUUUGCCCAUCUUCCCAUUUUUGUCUUUGAAACAGCUGACACAGGAUGUGACCGAGAAUGUUCAUAUGUGCAUGGAGAGUGUCUCUAUCUUAGAUGAGGAUGGGAAGUUCUUGCAAUUCUGGACCCUAGGUUACUAUUUGGAAAUGAUCAUGUCUGCAAUAUUAUUUCUCUGGGGGUUUAAUGGUUUUCAUUUUAAUAGAAAGCAUCUAACUCUUCCUUGUCCUCGGGUUGCCAUGGAAUUCUGCAUACAGCAAGAAGAUUUCCUCUUUCUAAAUCAGAGAGUGGGCCUACUGGAAUCAACUGGUGGAAACUGAUCAACAAGACCAUCCUACUUUGCAUUUAUGUAGCACCUUUGGGGUACUCAAAGUAUUUUAGAUGUAUUAGCUUUCCAGCUGCAUGUCAGGAGCAAAGGAACAGUGAACUUCCUGCCUCAAGCCAGGAAAGAACCACUGGCUCCUUCUUCCCAGGGACACAAUGUAUUUUGUAUGGAAAUUUCUGGCAGAUCUCUCAAAGUUUCUGCCCAGAAUGUGGAAUAUUCCACUGUUGUCAAAGACUACACUCAUGUCCAAAAGCAGACUGUGCUUUAUGCAAGCUCAAUGCCAGGAGCCUGACAGACUAAUGACUUUUUAUUUGUUUUAAGAUUCAUCCUGAGGAGAAAUAGUAUGGCUUGCUUCAGCACAGCAGGGAACAUCUGGCAUUAUUUGCACAUUGUGUGCUAUAAAGAGAACAUCCUUCCUUUUUCUCCUUAGAAUUGCAUGGCAGCUUCUAAGAAUGUUCCCUAACAUUGCAAUAAUAGCCACUUCCUGGAAGGAAUCCAAGAGUAAUCUUCACAAAUCACAUGGGUCACAAAUUGCCAGCAUAGAAGGAGGACUCUGUUGAUGUCUAAGGUAGUUUGCAAAGCAAGUGUAAAGCUUAAUUGACUUUACUUAGUGGAUAACCAGAUACAGAUGUCUAUUCAGGGAACUCUCUUGUUUCCCAACACAAUUCCACCUUCCAAAUGAAUUCCAUGCAACUAGAUAGCACCAGCAAUGCACUGAGACUUAGAUGAACUGCUCACCUUACAAAACGUUUAGGUGAUUGUUUGGAGAAUUCUACAGAACUGUCAAAUCCAGUUCAGAGCGAGGUGCUAACUUACCUGGUGUGACACUAUGGGUGAUACCCAGUGCAGACUAGACUCACUGAAGUCCACUGAUUUCAAUGAGUAUACUCUGAACAACACUUAUGUUGGAUAUGCGUAUCAUUUAAUCAGUAGCAGAUGGCACAGGGGGAUAAUGGAGCUCACUUGACAGCUGAGUCGCUGCUUCUUAACAGGGGGAAAGGGGGAGGUGGCAAGGAGGUUGCUGCUGUGCAGAUACAUUGGCAGAAGCACCAAAUUUGCUCUGAUAGUGAAUUUGCCAUUUACCAGAAGGGAGGGAGGCAAGAUGGUAGAGAGGUCUGUGCAGUGGAAAUGCAUUGGCAGGAUUUGAUCCACUGGUUUGCUUGAACCAUGAUGAUCUGCCUGCCACCUUGUCCUUCCCCCUUCUCCUGUCCAGUAAGCAGCAGAUUUUGAAAGGUCAAGUGAGGACUGCCCCAGCCCCCACCCCAUCUGCUCAUGCAUUUAGUACUAUUUCAUAUGGCUGAUACUACAAAAUGAAAUGUGGUUUUGUAUAUGCCUAGGUAUGUUUCUUUAAAGACAUAUACUCUGAAGGUUUAAGUUAAAAGCAACUUGCAAUGAACGUUGCCAGGAGUAAUGGCCAAAUGUUUCCCAAAUUGGCAUUCUGAUUAUGGGACUCUCUCACACCAGAAAAAUGGCUGGCAUCUACAUGGUAUGGUUUUUGACCCUAGCUAAAGACAUCUCUCUCACAAACGCAGUUGAGGACAGUUGAUCAGUGUUGCCCAUUUGUAAUGAGAGACCACUUUCUGUUGUUGCCUUGGUCUGCAUUCAAUGCUGGUUUUAAUGGGUUGUUGUGUAUUAUAGUUUUAAUAAUUGUAUAUGUAUAAACCACCCUGAGGUGGUCAACUGAAGUGCAAGCCUAACCAUGUCUAAAGAUAAAGGUAAAGGUACCCCUGCCCGUUCGGGCCAGUCGUGUCCGACUCUGGGGUUGCGCGCCCAUCUCGCUUAAGAGGCCGGGGGCCAGCGCUGUCCAAAGACACUUCCGGGUCACGUGGCCAGCGUGACAAGCUGCAUCUGGCGAGCCAGUGCAGCACACGGAAAUGUCUACUCAGAAGCAAUUCCAUUUUUUUCAAUGGGCCUUUCUCCCAAGUAAGUGGGCUAGGAAUGCAGUCUUAGUUAGUCUUUAAGGAGCCACAAGACCUUUUCUUCCAAAUCCCUUUGAAUCCUUUUAAGUGUUAUUAUGAUCAAUAUUUACUUAAUUUUUGAUCCCACCUUUCCUGCAAGGAGCUCAGCGUGCAUGGUCCUCUCUCACCUUUUACCCUCAGGGCAACUUUAUGGAAGUGGGCUAGUCUGAGUGAUGGGUCACUGGCCCAGAUGAGUUUCAUAGUUGAAGGGGAUUUUGAGCCCCAAACUCCUGGGGCCUCAUUUGACACUUUAGUCACUGCUCAACACUGCAGUUCAGACUGCUGUAAAUAUUCAUUGCUAUAAACAGAAUAGCCAUUUGCUCAGGUGGAAGCAAAUUUAGAUCACUGGCACUGCAAGCAACUCAACUGGCUAUAGUCAUAUAAAUUUGGGAAAUGUGACGAACUGAGAUGAUAAAAAAGAGUGAGAUAAGUUGUGUUAAAUAACUUAUCUCUGUAUUCGCAUGCAUGCAUGAAUACAUACUCCCCUUUGUGUGUGUGCAUCAGUGCUGGCCAGAGUGAAUAUAUUUAGAUGAAUGGAACCACAGAAUCUGGUGCAGCGAAGAAUCCCUGUGCCCUUUGUUUUGCUUAUCUAUUAGUCUUGGCUCUUUUCUAUGGACAGUUGUCUGUUUAGAACUGGUUUAGUCAAGAUUCCAGUUUGCCCUUUUCAUAUUCUUUCUGAUCCCUUGCAGAUUCUUUACACUGGAGUGGUCGUCUAUGCUCCAGCCCUGGCUCUCAAUCAAGGUGAGUGUCCAGGCCAGCAUGCUAGAGCUUUGCCAAUUGUCACAAUGCAAGAACUGUAAAGCAGAAAUGUGAACACCAAAUGCUCUGAAAAGAUCUAUGUCUGCUCCUGUUACCUUCCCAUUGGCAGCUCUCGCCCUUUUUCUGUGCAGGAUCAUGUUAUUUAUUUGCUAGGUUUUCCUUUUGCUAAAAAGUAACAGGAGGAGAUGUGUACCGAACGUGCUACUCAAGGUCUUGGCAAAGGUCCCGGUUUAGCAUAAUGAUCUAACACCAUGUCAUGUACUUUGAUACUUUCUCUCUUUGCACCCUUCUGUCUUAAUGUCAUCUGUAAUGUGAACAAGGACAAACUGAUGUCCCUCGAAAGGCUAUCGACUUAGGCAGUCUGACACUCCAUCAUUUAGUUUCUAAACCAGAUUUGGUCUGUUCACCAGAGUAAGGAAUUCUCUGCAAAUAGUAUGCAUCAUUCAGAGAAACAAUAAAAUUGAACUUCUCUUAUAAAGGAUGUAAAAGGAGGUAAUGGAAACAGAUAAAUAAAAGCUGUGUCUUUCUUUAUUAUCUAAAAUAAUACAUUUUAGAUUUCAUCAUGUCCCUAGAUGAACCUUGCCUAAUUUUAUUUCCUUUGGUUUUGCAGUGACUGGAUUUAAUCUUUGGGGCUCUGUAUUUGCAACAGGAAUUGUUUGCACCUUCUACUGUACCCUGGUAUGUACUUGACGUACAGUUCAACUCAAAAAGCUUAUAUAACAAGGAUUUUAUAAUUCAGAUUCAUAUUUAUGUUAGUGAGAAAAAAAUGAUCCUGUGCUUUUGUGCGCAGUAAAGGAGAGCUUUUAAUUUCUCAUUAUAAUUUGUUUCAAAAUACUCCGUGAAAUUAUCAGGGCAUGGACGAAGUCUUUUGGUUCAGAUAAACAAGUAAGUGAUAAAUUUCAAUAUAGCCUACAAUCCCUGUAUAGGGAAGACUUAAUGUUUUAUAUAUGUUGGAAGCCACCCAGAGUGGCUGGGGUAACCCAGUCGGAUGGGAGGGGUACAAAUAAUAAAAUUAUUGCUAUUGUUAUUAUUGAGUAAUACACAUUCUCCCAUAAUCAGAGGAUGGAAUCCUAAUCACAAUUUCCUGGGAUUAAGCUUCACUGAACACAGUGGCACAUCUUUCGGAGUCAAUAGGAAUAAAAUUGUGCUGUUGCUUAUACAAAGGAUACCCUUAUGCUGGGGGAAGAGGACAUGAGUGGCCUUUCAGAUGUUUUUGGACUCCUUCAGCCAUAGCUGGCAUGACCAAGGAGGAUGGGAAUUGCAGCUCAAAAACAUCUGGCAGACCACAGGUUAUGCACCCCUGUCUUACGCAGUUGCACAUAGGUAGCAAUUCUCUUGAGCCCUUACCUUGGAGUAAGUCUGAUGGAACAAAAUAGGACUUAUUUGUGAAUAGACUUGAACAGAUGUGUCCUGCUAGUUGACUAGCUGAACAGAAUGUUAUGAAAAGGUGUGAAAAUCACAAAGACACAUUUUUAAAACCUUCCUGAAAUGGUAACUUUUGCAGCAAAUAGCAGAGCCUCUUGAGAAUUCAGUACCGCACUAAUUGAAUUCUUUCCUCCCUCUCUUUCCUCCCUAAAUUGGUUUUCAACAUGACAAGAUCUUGCUAAGGUCUGAACUUUGAUUGGGCUUCUUCCUGUAAUAAACACAAAGUACAUAUAAUUUCUCUCUCUUUGUCUUAGGGAGGAUUAAAAGCGGUCGUCUGGACAGAUGCCUUUCAACUGAUUGUUAUGGUGAUUGGGUUCGUAACAGUAUUGGUUCAAGGAACUAUUAAGAAUGGGGGCCUCACAAACAUUUGGGAAGAUGCCCAGAAUGGCUCUCGCCUCACUAUAUUUGAGUAAGCAGAAUGGGUUCUCAUACUCAGAUCUAUGGACGUGUUUGUUCCUUUGUCAAUAACAGUAUUGUUAAAAGUGGCCAACAAGGAUGGGUCUAUCAUUGUCUACUGUAUAUGGGCAGACUGGAUACUGAAAGGUACUGAGGAGUGUUGUGGAGUACCUUGGGUAAUAAAAACAGCUUUAAAAAGUUUAAAAUGGCACAGAAAAUAACAAAAAAUGAACUGAUGACAUUCAAUCAUUUCUGGAAACUGCAAAUAGUGUGGUCCUGUCAUAUCUUGAAAGGAAUGCUGGUCCAUAGAACAGGGGCAGCCGCACUAAAACUCAUAUUUAAAUUAUUAAAACUUCAGCACAAGGAUUUCCACUUGCACAACAAGACUUCCCCUUCUCCCCCCUCCUAAAUGUGUCCUGGGAGCUCUCCAGAGGAGUUUUGGGGAGAGCACAGGGCACACACAGAGAAAUGGGGGGAAAUCCCAUUUCACAAGCAGAAAUCCUUAUGAGACAUGCUAAUUGGAUACCGCCUUAAGUCAGGAUCCAGCUCAUUGUCUGUUUCAUUGUGGAGAUGUGUAUUUCUUUUCCAUUAAUAAUUUGAGGUAUUAUAGCUGGGAAAAUGUUGUUUAAAUGUUGAGUCAAUUCAUAUUUGAAGUCCCUCCCUCAAAUAAUAAUAAUCAAGGAAGGGAUUGUGUAUGUGGAUUUACAGAGACCUCGCUGCUGUAUUCUUAGAUAUAGUGAUGCUUUUCCAACCGAGUUUAAGUAAAAGGGAUCUAAGUAUUCAAACUGUCUCCAGGAUUGCAGCAUCCUAAACUAACUUAAGGUGUGACGUGUGGAGGCUAAAUGAGUUAUCACCAUUGUGUCUCAUUUAUGUAGCUUUGAUGUUGAUCCCCUGAGAAGACAUACCUUUUGGACAAUUGCCAUAGGAGGGACAUUUACCUGGUUAGGAAUCUAUGGAGUCAAUCAGUCCACAAUGCAAAGAUGCAUUUCCUGCAAAACCGAAAAGCAUGCCAAGGCGUAAGUAGGCAUUAAAUUUAGUUCCAAACUGGAACAUAACUAAAGAGACAUACAGGCAACUGCCCAUUUAUGCGGAGAAGCAUGCACAACUAUUUCUGCAAAUUUCUAAGAAAACGUAUGAGGGUGGAGGGGCCGCACUCAUCUUAUUUACUGUACAAGAUGGCCAAGGGAUCUUUAUUGUUGUUAACAGAAUGGAACCUCGAGGCAUCCUAUAGUCUAAAGGCCAUGGGAUAGAACAGAAGUCUCUCAAUACCACUCACUGUGACCCAGGAAGCACUGGGCCCCCUGUAUCACGGGUGUCUCCUAAGUGCAGCCCAGUCAGUCAUUCAAAAGCAUGCCAUGGUCAAUGUUAACAAAAGCCACUGAGAGGUCCAGGAAAACCAAGAGGGUUUCACUCUCUUCAUCCAUUUUCCAGCACAAGUCAUCCACCAAGGAGACCAAAGCUGGGUUAGAAACCAGACUGGAAUUUGUAUAUUUUCUAUGAAUUAGUGUACGCCACUCAUGUACAUACAGCCAACAUGACUGCCACAAUCUUUGAAAAAGGGGCACUCAUAGUUUUUGGACACAUCUUAUUCUUUCUUUCUUUUAAGUAGCAAACAGGAAUGACUUAUUUUUUAAGACAUAUAACCCCUUUCUCUUUUUCUCUCUUCAGUGCACUGUAUCUAAAUUUACUGGGGCUGUGGGUCAUCCUGACAUGUGCAGUCCUUUCAGGAUUGGUGAUGUAUUCCCAUUUCCAGACCUGUGAUCCUUGGACAGCUGGUUUUAUUUCAGCACCAGAUCAGGUACAGCAACCAAUCAGAUACGUAAAUGCAAUGUGACAUUUUUAAUAUUGGAUGUAUCCGAGAAUACACAUCUGAAUCUUGUUGUUUCCCUUACUGAAAUUCACUCUUUGCUGUACUUCUAAAACUGCACUUCUAAAUGUUGCUAGAGGGUCAGGCUUGGUGGUACUCUCGCCAAAUGAGGGCAGAUACACAUCAUGCCAGGAAGGCUCUUAGGAGGGGUGAUGCUGAAAUUGGGAUAGAAUAAUAGAAUUAUAGAAUUGCAGAGUUGGAAGGGAACCUGAGGGUCAUCUAGUCCAACCUCCUGCAAUGCUCCCUCUGCUUAAAAACAUUGUAAUGUAAUGUUUUUCACUGUUAUUUGUAUAUCAAAUGUUUUGUACCAGGUUAUAUUGCCUCACUGAAAAUAUAUUUCAGAUUGGUUAAGCAUCACCUCACCUCACAUUAUAUUUAAUAUGGCAAACCACCCUGUGAUCUUCAGAUGAAGGGCAUUCUAGAAAUUUAAUAAAUAAUACAGAUAAAAACAAGAACCACUAUAAACAAGGGGGGGGGUGAACAACCAUUAAAUAACAAUCAACAUUGACAGACUCUACUUUGUAGGGUCCCCACAGAACAGCUUUUUGUGCCAUAGAGGAGUGAAUAAACUUUCCUAACCUUCCUUCCUUUCUUUUCUGCCAUCCAGCUAAUGCCGUAUUUUGUUAUGAUCAUCUUUUCCACAACCCCUGGACUACCAGGAUUAUUUGUUGCAUGUGCCUUCAGUGGAACAUUAAGGUCUGUGUUUUAACUGGGUUGCCUCUACUCACAUUUUGUCUGCUGCACUCGGUUUUAAUGGAGGCAAACCAAGCAGAGCAUCGCACAGGGGUUUAGUGUUGGUGGGGCUGCUGCUCUCGAAUCUGCCGCAUCAUUUCUUUCACUCUGCCAACUCCGUCCCUGCAAUGAAAUGCUGCAGUGCUUUGUCUUUUCGUAUGCAAUCCAGCACAGAGCUUGUCAUGUGCUCUGGCAAGCAGAUUUCCACAUAUUUUUUCUCAUCCUAUCUACAAACCACAAUAUGAUCUCUUAGGUACCAAACUAUCAAACAGUGAUUUUCAUGUUAAAAGAACCUCCGGUGUCAGGAAACAUAGAUGAGCAUGCACAAAAGUUAAGCUGGCAAUGGGAAAAUAUGUCACUCCUACUUCCCUGUCUAUUUCUGGUGGAAGAUACUGUGUCAGUCAGGUGUUUGUGAAGAGUAAAAAUCAGACAAGAGCUGGAGACAAUCUGAAUAGGCUGGCAGGGGAGGUGGGGGUAGAUUGGAGUUGUCAACUUUGUGCCCUCUGAGUUGAUGUAUUUUUUAUUUUUAGGUGUGUGUGUGGGGGGGGAAUCAUGGUGAAGUGAUUGUGUUGAUGCUCCCCAUUCUGUUUCAUGCAGAAUGACAUCUUAUCAUACCAUUAAAAAGGCUUUCAAGCAGAGGUGAUGUAAAAUUGCAACCUGCAUAUUAAGUUCUCCUCUCACACAGACAUUCGUAGUUUUCAGAGUUGUGUGAAUCAGCACUCAGGAUUGUUAAUAUCCAAACCAGCAUACUUCAUAGCAGUGCAACCCACUCUGGGACCUGUAGCUAAAUGUGCUCCCACAGGAAGUAGUGAUGGCCAUCAACUUGGAUGGCUUUGAAAGAGGGUUAGAGAAAUUCAACGAGGCCAUCAGUGGCUACUAACCACAAUAUCCAUGUUAUAUGUUCAUUAUCUGAGGCAGUGUGCCUCUGAAUGGCAGAAUCACAAGUGGGAAGAGUGCUGUUGUGCUCAGGUCCUGCUUUCAGGCUUCACAUAGGCAUCUGAUUGACCACUGUGAAAACAGGAUGUUGGACUGGAGAGGCCAUUGGUAGCUCUCCUCAUGUUCUUUUGUGGUUGUGAUGCAGCCAAAGUCCCCACAAUGUGUGUUUUCACUUUUACAGCACUGUGGCUGCAAGUAUAAAUGCUCUGGCAACUGUCACAUUUGAAGAUUUUGUCAAGCACUGCUUACCAAACCUCUCUGAACGUACGAGCACUUGGGUCAGCAAAGGCUUAUGUAGGUACAGUAAAUGGAUUUGAUUCUUCUGAACUGUAAGACCACAAAUAUGCUACUAGAUCUAGUGGGCAAAGUGCUCCUCUUACUAAAAUUAACAGGUCAUUUGCAUGAUUCCAAUAUAUUAGUGGUCAGGGAUUGUGGGAAUUGUAGUCCAAAAACAGCUGGAGACCCAUGUUUGGGAAACCCUGGUUAGAAGAAAGGUGAAUAAGAAGCGACGUUGAUAGAAGUUUAUAAAAUUAUGCAUGGCAUGUGGAAAGCGGAUGGAGAAAACACUACAACUCAAGAACAUCCAAUGAAACUGAAUGCUCAGGGUAGAUAAAAGAAAGUACUUCCUUGCACAGUGCAUAAACUAUGGCACUCUCUCCCACAGGAGGCAAGUAUGGUUACCGACCUAGAUGACUUUAAAAGAGGAUUAGACAAAUUCAUGGAGAAGAGAGCUAUCAAUGGCUACUAACCAUGAUGGUUAUGCCUCCAUAGUUGGAGGAAGCAAUGCUUCUGAAUACCAGUUGCUGGAAACCACAGGGAGUGAGAGUGCUCUUGUGCUCAAAUCCUGCCUACAGGUUUCCUAGAGGCACCUGGUUACUGUGAGAACAGGAUGCUGGACUAGGUGGGUCUUGUACCUGAUCCAGCAGGCUCUUCUUAUGCUCUUAUAUUCUUGACCAGGGGGAGGGGGGACCCAUUCCUCAUUUGCAAAAGUUAAUUAAUUUACACAUGACUUAAUUGGCCAUUGGCCGGCCUUGAAAGUGAACUGAAACAAGCAGAGAAGCAAACCCAAUAGACCAAAUUAAAAAAUAAAGAAAUGUCUGGCCUGAUGCCAGUGCAACAUAAGAUUAGGCUAAUAAGAUGGCUGAACUUUUUAUCCCAUGGUACAUUUAAAGAUCUGUGCUCCACUGCUACAUGGUGUCCGUGCUGCUUCUGUCAAAGCAGCAGAUGAAAGGAACCACAACUUGAUGGCAUAGCUCAUCCUUUGUAUUUAGAAGGUCUGGGUUUCUAUCCCUAUCAUGUCCAAUUAAAAAUAUUUCCAACUGUACCCUUGGGAAGAUCUUGGAGAGGCAUUGUUAAGUAGGAAUAGAUGGUCCUGAGCUAUACAAACUAAAGAUCUGUUUAUGUUCUAUAAGUAGCUCAGAGCAACCUUCAUCUAUUGCAUCUGACUGGGACCCCCUAGGUGUUGUCAGAGCCAUGUUUCCAUCAGCUCCAGACAGCCUGGCUAAUGGUCAAGGAUGGUGGAAGUUAUUGCCAGCAGCAUCUAGAGGGUCCGUCCUUGAUCUAUUGAGGUAUCAUGCACAGCAGUUUUCAGCACUGCAUUGUGUUGAUCUGAAAUUCAUACCAUGAAAAAUCUGUCACACAGUCAAAGAGCUACUCAACGGUCUCUGAAUUCAAUAGGAUGUGGUUUUGUUCAUAUUAAGCUUCAGCUUUCCAUCCAGAUGUUAUUGACACUGUGAGAUGUUAAGAGCUUUAAGAAGAAUACAGAUUAUCUUUUUCUAUAAAGAUGAGGAUAAGAACGUUUAUACACACUCAGAAUUAAGCUGCAGAAUUAACCGCGUUGGCUUCUAACUAUGAAUAAUUGAAGUUUGAAGGUUUUUAUUCCCCAUGUUCUAAAAAUGUCAUAGAUGACUUGUCUGGAAGAGAAUUCCAAGCAAAGGGCAUCCUUUAGUACUGACACCAGUAAGCAGAGUAAUCAAAUGAAUAGACCCCCAAAUGGGCAUAUAUCAGAUUGCAGAACACAGGUUCAGAAUCAUGGAGAUCUUUCACGGGUUAAAAAUCUCACAAGAGUGAUCUAAAUGUUCGAGGCCAUAGCUGAUGAUAGUGCACAACUCUUUUUCAGGCAUAGUAUUUGGAGUGAUAUGUACUUCCAUGGCCGUAGCAGCAUCGUUCAUGGGUCCUGUUGUGCAGGUAACUACAUAUUUUAAGAUGGUUGGUAUGAACUGGAGCCCCUGCGUGUAUCAGGAAUUUGUGUUCUCUCCCAUGAGAAGUGACAAUCCAGCACCUUUAGUACACAAAGUUUGUCUGGCCACAGGAGAGACCAGAGAGCUCCAGCCCAAAGGGAGCUCCACAUACCCAUGGGUCUGCUGCUACUAGGAACCCCUGCCCACAUUCUUUUCUGCAUUAAUUCUUUUCCUUGUGUGGAUAAGCAGGAUGAAAUAUCACUCUUCUAUUUGGUCAAAACUAAGAUCCAGUCUUUUUCUUAGUCUGAAUAUGUUGAAACAAAAUGGGAUCCUUGGAGAUAUGAGCAAAUACCCAGUCCAGCAACCCUCGUGUGUAACAACGGGCUGGAUUUUCCAGUAUCGUUUCAACUUGUAGGGUCUGCCCUUGAACAAGCAAACUGUUGGCAUUGCAAGUUAGACCCUGGGGAGUGCUCUCCCUCAUGUCCAUCACAGGGCCUCCUCAAUGCACACAGGAUAUUCAGAAAGAUUAUUUUUACAUGCUUUCAGGCAUGUGUCUGGGUCUCGAGGAACAUGCUAUUAGAACUGCUAGCCAAUUAAGGAAAUUAUUAGUUGCUUAAUGAUAUAAUUGAUUGAUUAAAUCAUUGCAUGUGAUUUCUUAAAUUUUGAUGUAUUGAUUAAAUGUUGCAUAUGAAGGAGAGGGAGAAAUCAUGCUUCCUUUGUUUUAGAUUAAUGGUGGCAGACCUGUGGCUCACAGAUAUUGCUGGACUUCAACACCCAUCAGCUUCAACCAGCAAAGUCAACAGUUAGGGAUGAUGGGAAUUGUAUUUCCACAACAUCUGGAGAGCCACAGGUGGAGAAUAUUUUUCAGCAUAAAGGCUGCAUUCUCUCUUGGGGCUGCAGGAGUAGUGGGUGGGGCCAAAGCCACACACACUUCUCUUCCAUCCAUCCACACUGAUUCUUAUAUCAAGAAUACAUUAGGGGCACCUAUUUAGUUGAGGGUGGAAUGCGCUGCCAUAAUGUAUUGAUUCAAAAAGCUAAUUCCCCUUCCAUACCUUACUAUUUAUAGAGGAAAUAUAAGAACUCCUUUUUUAAAACUUGUAAACAGAUUUGUUUAUUUUUUUAACUCUGUCAAGAAAUGGCACACAAAGAAGAAAUAGAAAAAGCAUGUUCUCUGAGAUAAGAAAUUGAAAGAACCAUUAUAGAAGGAUGCUGGAGAGACACUUGAUGACAAUAAAUAGCUUUCUAAAGCAUCUUUUGUGCUUCCUUUCAACAGGCUUCACUUAGCAUUCAUGGGAUGUGCGGGGGACCUAUGCUGGGAUUAUUUACACUAGGGAUCAUUUUCCCCUGUACCAACUGGAAAGUAAGUAAUAAGAAUCACAUUUUCAAGGCAGCUCAUUUCACUUACAGUAUUUGUUCUUGCCAAUCAAUCAACCAAUUAAAGCAAUUUUUACCGCACUCUUCAGUGAAAACUCUCCCAGGGCAUCUUACAGCAAUCAGUCAUGAGAUAGUUCGUGCCCUCAGGUUGGCAAUCUAAAAGACAUAAAACACAAAAUGGAAAAGGGAUUGAGAGGGAAGAGGCAGGAAAAGAAGAGGCCAAUUUAGGCAUUAGAUCUUAGUCGCAAAGUUCUUACAGUGACCAGCUGGAUUAGAAUCAGAUGAAAGUGAGGAGGAGCCAAAAGUUGGUCUGUCUGUGGCAUUACUUUCCAUUUCUCUCUGUGCUGCAACCUGACGGAAUGCCUGCUGCUGGGUGAUAGAUGAUGGAAGGAGCAGCUGGAUGGAGCUGGAUUUGCAGCAGAGCUGCUUCCUUACUAAUACUCUGCUGCAUCCUGGUGGAGUGGCUGUUGCUGGAGAGGAAGGAGAGGAAAAGCUUGGUGGAGCUGGUGUCUGAGUAACACUGACUGAUUGGCCUGCUGUUAUUACUGGUUUUAGUGCUGGUGCAAAACCUAGCAAACACUGCAUAUGAAAAACAUACAGUAACCUGGUUCUCAUUUAGUUUUCCCCCAUAAACACACCAUUUCACCAAGCAGACCACUGAGAGGGGUAAUUCUGUAUGGUUAAGGGUUGUAGUACAUUCUAUAUGUUAGCCGUGGGGGACCAUCUAGCCUGUGGCUCAUAUUAGCACUAGUUGGGGACCUAAUCUGGCUGUAUUCCCCAAGCCACACGAAACUGUGUCCCAUGUGGGGUAGGAACAAUAGGGAGCCUUCAAAUGCAAUCCCACUUCUUUGAAAGCAGGGCUUGCUGUUAUUUUUGAUCAGCUGAUGUACAUUGAUAACAAGCCCUGCUGUGAUCAGCUGCACUGGGGAUUUCAGGAACUCCCUAGUGCAGCCAAUCCCUGCCCAAGCAGGGCUUGCUGGCAGCACUGAUCUGUUCAUCUGUGCUGACAGUAAGGCCUGCAGGAGUCAGCUAUGUUUGUAAGUUCCUGAUUGUGAGCUUCCAAUGCAGCCAAUUCCUGGUAAAAGUACAGGAUUGCAUGUCCCACUUUGGGUAGGCAUCUUCUUUUGCAGCCCAGCCCAAGUUCAAGCUGAGCUGCAAAGGAAAAAGGAAAGAACCGGAAAUGCAACUAGAAAAGGGGUUCUUUCCUUUGAAUUUGGGUUAUUUGAUAUCAUCCAUGACCCAUGGAGGGUUUAGGAUCUGGUCUAUUCCCCACUGUGAUAUAGAGAUGACACUGAAAAUGUGCUCCAGAGAUGAGCAACCCCUUUUCCAGCUGAUAAUGCUGGCAAGCACUUUACCCUGUGACUCUCCAAUAAUACUGUGUAUGUCUAAUUUUCUUUUGUGAUUUAAGGGUGCUUUGGGAGGUCUCCUUACUGGAAUCACCUUGGCAUUUUGGGUUGGCUUUGGAGCUUUUGUGUACCCUGCUCCAGCUGCAAAGGCCCUUCCAUUAUACCUCUCCACAGCUGAGUGCACUGUCAAUAAUACAGAGACUGUACCCACUAUGUUCCCUACCUCAUCUCCCAUCAGGUAAGAUCCUCUCUCAGCUGCUCUCCUUCCAAGCUACAAUAUGGAGACAACUGUGAUUAGCAGUAGUUUUUAAGCAAAUGUGGUUGGCUACAGAAUAGUUUAAUUAGAAAGUGCAACUCUUCCCUUUGCUACUAUUUUGUUGGGCUCAAUCCCCAGCUAUAUUAAAAUCCUGGAUUUCUCAAUUUAUUUCAAUGAGCAGCACUGGGGACAUUUACAAAAUGCCAUCGAGUUUUUAGGGGGCUAUUUGGAUCAUCUCCCCACCUCCCACCCCAUGAAUUAUGGUGGGUUGUUUUUGUUUUUUGUUUUGCCCCAUAAUGAUUGUCCAUACUUCUGCAAAACAUGGGCUUCUGCUGAGUCUUCUGCCCUUGCGUGUGGGUGUUGCACAAUGGUGGUCAUUCUUCUCUGGAGCUGGGAAUUAGAAGGUAUGAUAAAUUAACCAAUUCUUGCUCAGAGUGGUCAUAUAUAUUGACUGUCCCUCAAAUUUAUCAUCCUAGGCCACAUCUGGCGGAGACGUGGUAUUCUCUCUCCUAUCUUUACUAUAGUGCUGUUGGGUGUCUUGGAUGUAUUGCUGCGGGGCUUCUGAUCAGUUUGGUUACAGGUCAGUUCUUUACUGGUUUUUGUGGUCCGGACUCUGACAUUGUUUUCUUCUACAAAAUUGAUACUAGCUUUUCCAUAAUAAUAAUAAUAAUAAUAAUAUUUUAUUUGUAUCCUGCCGUCCCCGACCGAGGCCAGGCUCAGAGCUGCUAACAUCAUAAAAACAACACAAUAAGCAUAAAAACAGACAUCAAUUAAUUAAAAUACAUCUUAAAAUUAAUUCAGACAAGUUAAAAUCCGGGCAGCUGGCAAUUAUCAGGGUGGAAUUGAGAGUGGUUAAUAAUUGCCAGGACCAACUGUUUCCACUGAUCAUACAAGGACCUGAGAGCGGGUUGGGGCCUCCUUCAGGCUUGAUUUAUACAAAGGAAAAUAAGACAAACUGCAUCCUGUCCCAAGGCCUGGCGGAACAGCGCCAUCUUGCAGGCCCUGCAGAAAGAUGUCAAAUCCCACAAGGCCUGGUCUCUUGUGGGAGAGCAUUCCUCCAGGCUGGGGCCAUGGCCGAAAAGGCCCUGGCUCUAGUUGAGGCCAGUCUAAUUUCCCUGGGCCCGGGAUCUUCAAGGUGUUGUUAGCAGACCGUAACGUCCUCUGUGGGGCAUACCAGAAGAGGUGGUCCUGUAGGUACGAGGGUGCACUUUGAAGUGCACAGGAUGAGUGAUUUGCCUUUAAGUGAGCUGUAUGUUCUCAAGGCUGAUUCAACUUUCAGUCUGAGCUUCAAUUUCUCAGAACUCAUUUUUUUGUGAGAAUUUUUUUUGACGUUUUCUUGUUCUCCUAGAAAAUGAAGGCAACUUUGCAGAAUUUUAUCGGAAUAUUCUCCACCAUUUGUGUGUGAGGGGGAUGGCCACCAUUCCCCCACCCACCCAUCUACCCACCUAGUGUACUAAAAAGUCCAAGAUAUGAUAAUGCAAAAUGGUGGCCAGGUAGACAAUGUCAUUGCUGAUGCUGCUGAUACCAAACAUCCUGCCAAUCCUUCCGCCAUGGCUGCUAGGCUGUGGAUGUGGAGGCAGCUCUGCAAAAUCUCAUGUGCCCAGGUUGGGGAUAAGGAUCUCAGCUCUUCUCUAGCAUUUUGUUAGCCUUUUUCUGGAAAUCAGCAAUAAUUCCAAUUAUCACAGAGUGGCUGAUCAAGCUAAAACAAGCAGUUGAAACUGACAAGUUGAUAAAACACAGAGAUCAAUACAAAUGUGCUUAACAGAUUAUUAUGUAGCAGCAGAGGAACCUUUAGGUUUAAGGGCAGAAUGCAAAUUCUAUAAAUAAGGUUCAUUACAAAAAAACCCCACCCCAACCCAAAUUCCUAGUUGAACUGGGGAACAUGGACUCUAUUCAUUUUGUGCUAGACUAGUCAGUGUGGUUAUAAAAGAAUAGAUCUAUGUUUUGUUUCAUAUUAUCAAAUGUUUGCAUAGAAUAUUAUUAUACAAAAUAAACAACAGCAUUUUGAUAGAUGCUUUGACUAUUACUUUCUUCUGCCAAGGUCCAAAUAAAGGAGAAGAUAUCAAGCCACUCUUAAUUCGUCCUGUCUGCAACCUGUUUUGCUUCUGGUCUCAUAAAUGCAAACACUUGUGCUGGUGUGGAGUGGACCAUGAUGACAGCAAAGCACUUCACGUGAGACUCUUUCCUUAUAAGCCUCCCAUAUUUCCUGCAAUUGCUGGACUCUGGACUCCAUUAAACCCACAAGCCCAUUUAGGUUGAGUGCAUUAUCAUAAUAUGUGCUUCCAAACCUGAUAACAGAACUUAUAUUUUUAAAGCCACCUGUAUAGCAGAUCAAUUCACCAUCAUGAGAAACUUGUACAGUGGGUUGGUUAACACAAUCAGCCGGGAGCCAGCGCUAAUUGAAAUGCACAUUUCAUGGCAAUAUGGCCAAUAUGGUCCAGUAUGCUACUCUUCCGAACGGAAAUAUCUAAGAGGCAGGUUUCUGAAGGGAUACUAGAUUGAGGAUUGUGUUGUCAGCUGCUUGCUGCUGAAACAAACACCAUUAGAGUAACCCCCCAGUAGCAGUUGAGUAUUUAAUGCAAUUUGGUUGCUGAUGGAAGAGACAAUUUUCAAACACUCCCAUAGUUCCAGAGUUAACAGGAAAGGACAUAUUGUUCUAUAAUUAUGUUGGACAGCAACAUCAGUUUUCCAACCAGUAUAGGAUCGGGGCUUUUUUUUCAGCUGGAACUCAUCAGAACUGAGUUCUAUCACCUCUUUUUCUAGAAAAAAAUGGCCUAUAUAUGAUGAUUCAUAUACAAGCAUAAAUUUACACCACCUGUUACUCAUCUGUUACUCAUAAAACACUUAAAAUAACAUAUAAUCGAAAAAAGCUAAGCUUUGUUUUUAUUUUAUUUUUUGUAAAUUGCAAUUGCUAAUGCAUAUGAUCGUCAUGGAAUAUACAAUAUUCAUAGAAUAUUUCAGUCAUGUUACUUUAACUAUAUUUCUAGAAAUAGGUGUUGGUGAAUGUCAUCUAUAACCUCCCCCCCAAAAAAAAAGACUUUUGGCACAAGCCAUAUCUAGAAAAGCUUUAUCCCAAAUAUUUCUUUGUGGUUCUUAAAUGUGUAGUUCUAUAUGAAAGCCAAUGCAACCAGUUCGUUUAUAUGCCAGAAAAGGAACUCACUUGCAUCAGCCCAUCCUCCCAGGUUUCACUCACAUCCCUCUCAGUUUCCAUAGCUGCUCCCUCUACAGCUUCCCAAUCCUUGUCUGACAGUUUAUGACCUUUUUGUAUGUAUAAGGAUCCCUCCAGAUGAGCUAUUUAUUCAUCGUUCAUUCUGAUUUGUUUAUGGGGUGUGUGUGUGCAUAACAAUGGCCAUUCAUUCUGCAUUUGUCCUUAUUUGCAAAUUCAUCAUUUGUUCAUCCCAGAGCAUUUCCCCAUUACUUUCCAAACCACAAAAAACUCAUGUGUGUUUUAAGUGGAUUUGUUGUUCUAGAGUGCUAUAGAAUCAUAGAACUGUAGGGUUGGAAGGGACCAUGAAGGUAAUCUAGCGCAGGAAUCUUUUUGCCCAACAUGGGGAUUGAGCAUAAGAGUCUCAGACUCUACCAUCUGAGCUAUUUAGCUUCCUAAUAAUCCACUUUAAAUGUGCAAACCUAAAGUUCUGGUAUGUACUUGUAUACUCAUAUUCAUAUGCGGUUGGGGCCAUUACAAGCGGGAAUGGAAACUAAUCCACUUCUUGACUUAACUGUCCUUCCUUCUUCUUCUUUUUACAUUAUUUCUCAGGAGGGAUCAGAAGAUGAUCUGCAUAAAGGUCUUGGAAAGAAGGCAGAAGCAAAUGAUGCCCUUGCAAAUGGAUUCAAUAAAGAAAUGCUGGGUCACUUACCUGGUUACAACCCAAGUGAAAAAUCCUACACUAAUACAAGCAUAGAGACGGAAUCUUACUUUUAGGAUGUACAGGGAAAAGGUCAUCCUGCUAACAAUAGGAAUGGUAUGGAAUUGCCCAAACUUUAGGAAAACAAAUCAGUGGCACUACGAGUAGCUGAGGAGGCAUUUAAUUAUAAUUUAGAGGGUUAGCAGGUGCAUUUAUUUUUAUUUUCAGAAGCCAUUUUAUAACAUGGAAUUUUUUUCUAAGACUCAGUGGUGGUGAAUGUGGCGAGAGAAAAUAUGGAAAGUGUGUUUUUCAGGAAGAAUUUAGAGUGUUAACUGCACGCUCCAAAGUUUUUUUUAUUUUAAUCGCCUUGUAUUUUUCGCCGGUGCAACUUGGGUAUUCAUCUCCCAUUGAUCCUAACAUGGAAUUCUAAAAUAUGAACUAUGCUACAGAUGCAUAUUUCCUGACCACUGCAGUGUCAUUGUAGAGUUUUUCCUCUGGAGUACCAUAGGUUGCUUAAUAAAGUACUUGCAG